GAUGUUCAGUUCGCGGGUUUGCGCUGCUUGGCGUUUCUCGGUGAAACUGUUGUGGUUCGCUGUAGAUUAUAGAGUUUAAUGGUUUGCGUCGUCCGCAGAACAAAAUCUCAGUGUACUGCGCGGGUGUGAGUGCAGUUAGCAUGGAUCAAACGUGGAUGCGCCAGGAUGAUGACGAGAGCGAAGAUGAAAGUAGCACCGUGGACUAUGGGCAGGCAGUGGACGGUAUCCUGUUCCUUAUCGAUGCUACUGAAAGCAUGUUUGAAGACAUCGAUGGUGACACUGCCUUCGUGCAGUGCAUUAAGGCUGCGAAGUGCACGAUGCUGAACAAGAUCACAAGCAGUCCAAAAGACCUUGUGGGGAUAGUACUUUUUGGCACGGACAAAGACAGCAAUCCCAAUCGCUUCAAGAAUGUGUUUGUGCUGCAAGACCUUGAAUGUCCAGGUGCGGAAACUGUUCUGAAGCUGGAGAAGCUGAUUGCAGAUGGCCCCAAGAAGUUCAAGCAAGAGUAUGGCCAUGGCAAUGUCAACAUGGCUGAUGUCCUAUGGACCUGUGCUCUUAUGUUCUCCAAAUCCCGUGCGGGGCAGCGGCGAGUGCUGGUGCUGACAAACCAGGAUGAUCCUCACAAGGGCUCAGCUGACCUUGACGACAAGGCAGUGGUCAAGGCCAAGGACCUUGCCCAGUCUGGCAUCGAACUUGACCUGGUUCACUUGAAGCCAUCUGGAGACAAGAAGUUCCGGCCACAGAUCCUCUACCAGAACCUGGUGACCAACAAAGAGAACUAUGAGGAUGCUUUCCCUGAAGCUUCUGAAAAACUGGAGGAACUUUUACUGAGGGUGCGGCUGAAGGACCACAAGAAGCGGCGCCUCAUGUCAUUGGCCUUUUGGUUGGGGCCCGAGCUGAAGCUGUCUGUCUCCCUCUACAACCUGGUGCGGCCGACGGGAAAGCCCGCCACCACGCGCCUGGCCAGGGACACCAACGAGGAGCUGCUCUCCCGUCGAAUCACCUAUGCCAUGGACACUGCAGAAGCACUCAUGCCAGGUGACAUUGCCAAGACCCAGGAGUAUGGCGGCAGAAAGGUGCACUUUGACAUUUGCGAAGUGAAGCAGAUCAAGGCAAUGGCGCCUCCAGGCUUGCGGCUGCUCGGCUUCAAGCCGCUGAGCUACCUGGAGAAGCAGCCACACGUGCGGCCAUGCCACUUUCUGUACCCAGAUGAGGGCUCCGUGCGGGGAAGCACACGCCUCUUUGCUGCCCUGCUACAGAGCUGCCUGCGCCAUCGUGUGGCCCCCGUGUGCUACUGGAUAUCGCGCGCUGCCCAGGCUCCCAAGCUGGUCUACCUUUUGGCACAGGAGGAGGAACGCGACACACACGGUCUGCAGAUGGUUCCACCAGGAUUUCAUGUGGUACAGCUGCCUUUCAGCGAUGACCGCCGUAGGCUACAAGCACUCGAGGAGGGCACAACCAAGGCUUCCCCUGCACUGGUUGCCUUGGCCAAAGAGAUGGCAGAAAAGCUGCGUUUCGCUUAUCAUCCAGACAAGUUCGAAAAUCCAGAACUGCAAAGCUUUUGGAGCUGUUUGGAAGCCCUGGCUCUCGAUCGGGAUGAUGCGGAACGCCCUGAGGACUACACACGUCCCAACCACGAGAAGAUGAAAGUCAAAGCAGGAGAGGAGAUGGAAGCCUUCUUGGAAGCUGCUUUUCCAGAUGGCUGCAAUGCCACCACUGCGGGAUCCAGGAAGCGGGCUCAAGCUGGAGAUGGGAGCGGGGCGAAGAAAGCUCGCACUGAAAAUCAAGGCAGCACUGUGGAUGUCCGUGAAGAGGCCAAGCGUGGCAAGUUGGCCAGCCUCACAGUCAGUGUCCUGAGGGACUUCUGCAAGCAAGAAAGCAUUCGCUGCCCAUCUAAGAAGGCGGAAAUCGUUGAUUGCAUCAAGAAGCACCUCAAACUCUAGUCCACCACAACCAUGCAUUUCUGACCCUUAAUGUGGAUGGAGGGUGACGAGCCACUAUGCCAGUUGCUGGAACAUAAAAUGGUGGUGGAAUGAUUGCUACUGCUCUGGUGGCACUUUUGUCUCAUCCCCGGAACAGCUGUCGUGCCUGGGCCAUCGGUCAUGCUCUGAAAAGAAAAGCAAGGAAAAGAAUAAAAUAUGUAACAAAAGCA